UUCAUCACAUACCGCAUCGCACGCGCAUACAAAAAAGAAGAACAGUGUUUCUUUCGAAUGGAAUUGAAGUCUUGCCUUGCCCCUUUCCUCGCAGGUCCUUGGAGCUUAUAUUAUAAAUAGCUGUGCAUGGUUCACCUAUCAAUUCACACAUCGAUCGACCCUACCUGGAUAUCCAUCAGCCAAGAAGAAAUAUCCAUCAGCCAACAAUUCACCAGACCAAGCCAUGUCUAUUAUUGAGCUCUUAGCAUCACUUGCCCUUUUACUUGUCUCCCUCUUCUUCUAUCUCACCAAGAAUUCCAACUCCAAAGCAUCAUCAAAAUCUAAUCCAAACCUAAAAUCAUACCCCUUAAUUGGAUCCUCUGUAGCCAUUUUUGCCAAUAGAAACCGAGUCAUACAGUGGACUUCAGAUCUUAUCCAAAACUCACCCACUGCCACUGUUGUUCUCCGCCGUUGCUUGGAUGAUAGCCGUGUUCUUACAGGAAACCCAGCAAAUGUACAGCACAUGCUUAAAACCCAGUUUUACAACUAUGAGAAAGGUAGCAAAGCUCGGCGAACCCUCUUUGAUUUUCUUGGAAACGGUAUCUUUAACAUUGAUGGUGAUUCUUGGAAGUUUCAAAGACAAGUUUCCAGCCAUGAAUUCAACACCAAAUCAUUGUGUAAAUUCGUUGAGACCGUUGUCGAUACUGAACUAUCUCAACGCUUGAUCCCGAUUCUCUCCACUGCUGCGGCUAACAAUACAGUUCUUGAUUUGCAAGACAUACUUCAAAGAUUCGCUUUUGACAACAUCUGCAAGAUCGCUUUCGGAUACGAUCCUGCAUACUUGCUGCCUGAUCUCCCUGAAACCGAAUUUGCGAAAACUUUUGAUGAAGCUGCCAAGAUAUCCAGUGACAGGUUCGCUACGCUAUUCCCCUUUCUUUGGAAGAUUAAGAGGGUCUUCAAUAUUGGAUCAGAGAAAAGCCUGAAAGAAGCAUCCUCUGCAUUACGUGAGUUCGCCAGAAACAUCAUCAAAGAAAAGAAGCAGGAACUCAGCAACAAAUCAUCCCUCGAAACCGUAGAUCUUCUAUCACGUUUCUUGAGCUCAGGCCAUUCUGACGAGGACUUUGUCACUGAUAUUGUCAUCAGUUUUAUACUAGCAGGCCGAGACACCACUUCCGCUGCCUUAACGUGGUAUUUCUGGCUACUCUCUCAAAACCCAGAAGUGGAAAAGGAAAUACUCAGAGAGAUAAAAGACAAAUCAGAGAGUCCAGUUUAUGAAGAAGUCAAGGACAUGGUCUACACACAUGCUUCUUUAUGUGAGAGCAUGAGGCUGUACCCUCCAGUCCCGGUAGAUGGCAAGGUUGCAAUGCAGGACGAUGUUUUGCCAGACGGGACUGUGGUUAAGAAGGGAAUGAGAGUGUCUUACCAUCCAUAUGCAAUGGGGAGGCUCGAGAUGUUGUGGGGUCCGGAUUGGGAAAAGUUCAAGCCAGAUAGAUGGCUGAAGAGUGCUAGCGAUGGAGUUAAUAAUAAUGGGAAGUGGAGUUUUGUAGGGAAGGACCCAUACUCCUACCCUGUUUUUCAGGCUGGGCCAAGGAUUUGUUUGGGUAAGGACAUGGCUUUCUUGCAAAUGAAAAGGUUGGUAGCCGGGAUUGUACGGAGGUUUAAGGUUGUUCCUGCAGCAGAGGAGGGUUUUGAGCCCGUGUUUGUCGCUUAUUUGACGUCCAAAAUGCAGGGUGGUUUUCCUGUGAGGUUCGAGGAGAGAGCUGAUUAAAUUAUCUUGAUUUCAGUACUAUUAUGUAUGAUUACUUGUUAAUUUGCUUUUAAUAAUCAGCAAGAUUUCUAUAAUGGAUUUUUGUUAUUUUGUUGACUUUUGUUUGUAAUCAGUUGUAGGUAUGGAUGA